AUGAAGACCCCACAGCUGGCCAUCUUGUUGCUUGGUCUGGAGGCUACACUAGAGGCCCAGGAUCCCUUGUUCUUCCACCCAGAGCAGAGGAAUGUUGUGGGAGAGAAGCUGGCCUGGGUCAUGCUGGGCUCAUGGCUCAGCCUGCUCCAGUUCACAGGGACCUGGUAUAUGAAGGCUGCAGUGGCCAAGAAGACCCCGCCAGAAAGGAAGAAGCCCUGGAAAAUGUCUCCCAUGACAGUGACAGCCCUGGAAGAUGGCAAGUGGGAGGCCAAGAUCACCUUCAUGAAGAAGGGUCAGUGCCAUGAAAAGAAAAUUAUGAUGCAGAAAACUGAGGAACCUGGCAAAUAUAGUGCACUUCAGGGCAAGAAGCUCAUAUAUGUAGAGCAGCUGCCCGUGAAGGACCACUACAUCUUCUAUUGUGAAGACCAGCGCUUCAGGAAAACUUUUGCCAUGGGAAAGCUCAUGGGGAGGACCCCUGAGGAAAACCCAGAGGCUCUGGAAGAAUUUAAGAAAUUCAUGAAGCGCGAGGGACUCCCACAAGACAACAUCGUCAUCCCAGAGCAGAAGGGGUGGAAGCACACCAUCUACGUCUACUUCCUGCCAGGGAAAAAUCACGCCAUCGCCUACUUCAAGGGCUACAUGAACUACAUGUACUACCAGAUGAUGAUGGUUAUGGCCCACACCCUGGAUGAAGACCCGAAGGCCCUGGGGAUGUUUCAGGAGUUUGUGGACAGCAAGAAUCUGAAAAUAAAUGAACUCAUUAACCCUCCUCGUACUGAUGCCUGCAGAACUCGCAACGGCAAGAGGACAGGACCCAGCUCCCACGUCUCCCCAAGCUUCUGCUGUCAAUAA